CCGGCGAGCAGCGCUCAUUCCUCAGGCGGGACUAGAUACGCGCGCAUCUUUUCGCGAGUAAGGAGUUGUGAAUCGCGUUUUUCGUCGAACGCGGAUCCCUCGUUCUAAGUGAUAUACAGUGACAGGAGACAGUGUGCGGAAAACAUGGCUGAUAGUGGUAUCAAGCGCAACAUUCCCAUCAAGCUCGGCGACUUCAGCGUGAUCGACACCGAGUUCUCCAACAUACGCGAACGCUUCGACGCCGAGAUGAGAAAGAUGGAGGACGAGAUGUCGCGGUUCCGUAGCGAGUUGAUGAACCGCGAGAGCAACAAUUUCUUCAAGAGCACCACCAGUCGGCAUCAUACGAGUACCAGUGAGCAUCGCACGUCGACGACCGAGAAGAGCGAAGGUUGGGACAAGAUCGACCCUACAGCACCGUCGAAGCGAUCCGCGUUCGACAGCUUCAAAAGUACCACCACGCAACAGAGCACUCAAAAUAGCAGUUCCCUGAGUCCUCAGCAUGAUCAUACUUGGUUGGAUGGCCUCAACAGUCCCCUCAUCCAGGACGAGGGUGACAACAAGAUGCUGAAGUUGCGCUUUGACGUUUCUCAAUACACGCCUGAGGAGAUCGUCGUCAAAACCGUGGAUAACAAGCUCUUGGUCCACGCUAAACACGAGGAGAAGACGGAGAGCAAAUCAGUAUACAGAGAAUACAAUCGGGAAUUCUUGCUGCCGAAAGGAACCAAUCCCGAGAGCAUUAAGUCUUCCUUGAGUAAGGACGGUGUCCUUACCGUGGAGGCGCCUUUACCAGCGAUCGGAGCGGGCGAGAAGUUAAUCCCGAUCGCGCAUCAGUAAACUCGUGCAACGAAAAUCGAUUUCUCAUUUCCUGUCUCGAACUCUUCCCGUUCCAACUACCAUUCAACUUACCCAACCUGUGGACCUUUUCCGUAAGUUUUUCUUUUUCAUAUCCUUUUCUUUUACAAUUCCCUACAGUAUCAAACUUACCUAUUGUUAUAGAGAUACGAGUCGAUUUAUGGUAUUACGCGCGAGAAAGUUUGACCAAUUUUAACUAAGAAUAACCGCGUCAAGUAAUGCGAUUUUCAUUAGUCUAAAAAAAAAAAAAAGAAAAUCAAACGUAGAGAUCAAUGUAAAGUGCUAUAAAGAUAAAUAUUCAGAUAAUGUUUGAUAUAAAAUAUUUUCCUUUUUCAUACGAGCAGCUUUAUUCCUUUGAUACACAUGGUAUUUCAUCUUCCCUCGUAGAGAAAUGACGUAACUUUUUCAGAAAGAUGUGCAUUGCCUUUUUUGGAAAAAUAUAUUUUAGUUAUUUUUUUUUUUUUUUUUUUUGCGAGAAGCUGUGAGCUAUAUACUGUGCUUACUUGUGCACCGCGCAUCAACGAAUCAAAACUAUUACAAAUUCAUGGAAAGGCGAUUGUUUGUAAUGGUUAACUUAUAUAUGUUAGUUUAGGUGUACGUUAAAAAGACUAUAACACAAUGCUUAGUGUGUGUAUAUACAUAAGCAUUAUAUAUUGAUAUUAUUUAUGAAUAUUUUAAUAUUUUCGAAAUAUUUGCGCAUAAUAUUUAAAGGCAGACACAAGUUUAAAUAAAAAUCAAUGAGAAAAUUUA